GCGAGCCCAGUGUAUCAUACACACAUCGGAGCUCACUUCUCGUCGUGUUGUGUCGUGCGAGACGACCAAUUGGUGAAUCGGCGUUUUGUGCCCGUUUGGUGCCGCGAAAGAAUCUUUCCUCGGCGAGGACGCGCUACCGACCGGGAGUCUUUCUUGUGUGUCACAGAGGAAGUGUCGAUUUUAAGGCUUCCCGCAAACAGCCAUGGCUGCGAUGUCCGUGAUCGGGAUCGACUUCGGGAACGAGAGCUGUUAUGUGGCCGUGGCGCGCGCCGGUGGCAUCGAGACUAUAGCGAACGAUUACAGUCUUCGUAGCACACCAUCAUGUGUGGCAUUCAGUGGAAAAAAUCGAAUACUUGGAGUAGCUGCCAAGAAUCAGAUGGUGACUAAUGUGAAGAAUACCAUCCACGGUUUCAAAAGAUUAUUAGGUAGAAAAUACAAUGAUCAGCAAGUUCAAUCCGAGCUGCGAUCCCUUCCCUACAAAGUAACUCCACAAGCUGACGGAAGCAUUGGCAUACAUGUACAAUACUUGGAAGAAGAGCACGUUUUUUCACCAGAACAAAUUACUGCUAUGCUUUUUACAAAGUUGAAAGAUAUUUCUGAAACAGCUCUACAAACUGCUGUUAACGAUUGUGUUAUAUCAGUUCCUUCAUAUUUUACUCAAACUGAACGUCAAGCUCUACUUGAUGCUGCUAGGAUCGCAGGCCUUAAUGUUCUAAGAUUAUUUAACGAGACCGCUGCUACUGCUCUUUGUUAUGGUAUUUAUAAACAGGAUUUACCAGCAGUAGAUGCACCUCCUAGAAAUGUUGUUUUUGUGGAUUGCGGUAAUGCUAGCUUACAAGUGAGCGUUUGUGCCUUUCAUAAAGGCAAACUUAAGAUGUUGGCAAGUACUGCUGAUUCUCAAUUGGGUGGAAGAAAUAUCGACAUUAUUUUGGCAGAACAAUUCUCUAAAGAAUUUAAAACGCGAUACAAUAUUGACGUACACACCAAUCCGCGAGCAUACUUAAGAUUGUUGGCAGAAGCCGAGAAACUGAAGAAACAAAUGUCGGCUAAUUCGACCAACCUUCCCUUAAAUAUCGAAUGCUUUAUGGAAGAGAAAGACGUACAUGCCCAAAUGAAUCGUAACGAGAUGGAAACGCUAUGCGCCCAUUUAUUUGAUCGCGUCGAAAAAACUUUGAAGCAAUGCUUAGUAGAUUCGAAAUUGAAGGCGGAAGAAAUUCAUGCGGUCGAGAUAGCGGGAGGAUCGAGCCGCGUUCCUGCUAUCAAACGUUUAGUGGAGGAAGUCUUUGGUCGACCGAUAUCGACAACUCUGAAUCAGGAUGAAGCGGUCGCUCGUGGUUGCGCGUUGCAAUGCGCUAUGCUCAGCCCUGCUGUUCGCGUUCGUGAAUUUUCGGUUACAGAUAUACAGCCGUAUCCCUUGAAACUAACAUGGGAUGCUACUCAAGGUGAAGAGGGUGAAAUGGAAGUGUUUGGGCAUAAUCAUCCUGUACCAUUCUCGAAGAUGUUGACGUUUUACCGUUCGAAUCCAUUUACGCUUACUGCCAGUUACAGUAUACUACCUCCAUGCUAUCCUCAAUCAUUCAUUGGAACAUUCACAAUAAAGAAUGUAAAAGCCACACCAGAGGGAGAAUCGGCGAAAGUUAAGGUGAAGGUAAGAGUGAAUUUGAACGGUAUUUUGACUAUCGCGUCGGCAUCACUUAUCGAAAAACGCGAGCCGACUCAACAAGAGAAAGAAGAAGAAGAGGCGCAGCAACAACAGCAGCAGCAACAGAAUAAUAUGGAUGUUGAUUCACAUUCGGCAGAUAAAAAAGAUAAAUCCGAUCAAGAAGCACAAGCAAACGAACCCCCAGCUCCAGAGGUGAGCAUGGAUAAGACACGACGGAACUCAGAUGCUGAUGAUGGUGGAAAAAGUGCUAGGGGUUCUGCCCCUUCCUACUCCUCCAGGAUUCUCUCUUGGUUCAGCUCGGGAGAUGAUAAAGGCGACGAUAAAGGCAAGAAGAAGAUUCCAAUUCGUACAAUUGACUUGCCUAUUGAAGCUAAUGUUUGCGGAUUAUCUCUACGAGAUCUCGAUGCUGCAGUAGAAAAAGAGGGCAAAAUGAUCGCCGAGGAUAAACAGGAAAAAGAACGAGUUGACGCGCGUAACGCUUUAGAAGAAUACGUUUACGAUCUACGUGCUAAAUUGUCCGAAGAGAAUCAAUUAGCUACAUUCAUCACAGAAGUGGAUAAGGAAUCAUUGUAUCGUACAUUAGAUGACACUGAAAAUUGGCUGUAUGAAGAAGGAGAAGAUUGCCAACGACAGAUUUACUCCGAGCGAUUAACGCGCUUAAAAUCUCAAGGAGAACCAAUAAAAGAAAGGAGAUUAGAAUUCGAAGGGAGGUCUCAUGCAUUAGAAGAAUUAGCAGUAGCAUUACAACUGGCUAAAAAAGGCCUUGAUCAGAUAAAAGCGUCAAUUGGUAAAGACGAUAAAUAUUCUCACCUAACGGAGGAAGAAGUGAAAACGGUUGAGAAAACGGUACAAGAGAAAUGGACAUGGUUGGAGGAGAAGCGUAUGCUGCUUGCGAGUUUGCUCCGUACGCAACAACCGCCAGUCACCGUGGCGCAAAUCCGUGCCGAGAAACAAUCAUUGGACAGCGUGGUAUUACCUAUCCUCAACAAGCCUAAACCUAAAGUUGAGCCGCCAAAGGAGGAAAAGCGGAAAGACAAAUCGGCCGAUGAACAGAAGAAUAAUCAGAAUCAAAAUGCCCAAGGUAACAAUCACAAUCAGCCCAAUCAACAGCAAGCGGAUGAAGAGAAGAUGGACAUUGAGUAACGGUCACCACAACUUAUGUGUUUUUAAUAAUAUAUUAAAUCUAAUCUAUAAUUGAAAUAGCGAAUCUUUCAUAUUUGGAUAAAACAUAUUUAUCAUGUCUCGCAAGCGCCUGACAUACCAUAGUCGGAUUGCACACAUGAUUGUCUUUCUUGCUCCUUUUUUUUUCCUCCCCCUGUCUGUAACAUCUAUCAAUCUGGUGAACUGAACUAUUUAAUGACACAUUACCAUAAACAGCGUGAGCGUAUUGAAAAAGUAAAGAAUUGGAAUUUACAAACGAAUGUGCACUACAACAAUAAAUGUUCUCUCGUUUGAAAAAGGUAUCGUAGAUAUAAUUGCUGUCUGAACAAAGAAGAAGCGUAAGCGUCCUAAAAAAAAGCAAAAUAAUAAAACUCUUACUUUAAAAAAAAAAAUAUCUCGUUUAAGUUUUCAGUAACGCUUUUAAAAUGCAUACAUAAAACUGCUUUUGGAUGAAUACUUGAAAAAGAAACCUCAAAACUAUUGCCAGUAAAAAGAAUAAUGAAACAUAUGCUGCAACUUUUAACAUAUAGAAUGCAAGCUAUAUUAGAUCUAAUUGACCAAACUAAAUUGUGAACUAGAUAAUGUUGCUCUGUUGAUGUUUUGUUUUUAAUAAUAUUAUUAAAUUUAAUUUAUAAUAAUUAUUCAUUCCAAUAUUUUCUCAUACGGUCGACAGCAAAUACUCUGUCACAAGUUUUCUUGUUGCAUUUAUAAUAGUUUUUUUGAAAUAAUAUUUACUUGAAAUAAAUUAAUAUUUCACUAAUCAAGAUUUUGCCAAAUCUGCUUUAAUAUUUGGAAUAGACAUCGACAAAGAUGUUACAGGAAUUCGACUUAAUAUUUUUCUCCUUUUUAGUUUGAUUCAAACCAUUGUUUUUAUUACAAAAAUUAUUUUUUGAACAAAAACCGAUAAUUCGGUUAGAUAUAUCAUUGUACAUAAUUUGUAGACAUCUACACAAUGACGUAGUAUAUUUCUUUAUCACUAUAUUUAUAUUGCUAUAUUAUAAUGACUUCUGAUUGUAAGCAUGUUCUCAAGGUAUCUUUCAGCAUCAAAGCUUAAACUCGGCCAGAUGACUGAUCAGGUAAGACUUUUUAGAUCGAUUCACUCGAGAGUUAGCAGGGAUAAUCGUUUGCUUAUACAAUAGAGUGAAAAAUCGUGCUUAUAACCGGAAGCCAUUGUAUCUCACAGCAUAUAGAAAUUAUAGCGAAAAUUUAGUUGUUUCUAGAAUAUAGAAAAUAGACGGAAGUCCAUAUUUCACUCGCGCCUAACUUUGUUCCCACACCGUUUUUAGCAACUAAGAGUCGCAAAUUACGCGUGUAUAAUAUAAUUAGUAUUAGCAAGAUGUAAAAAAUGUGUGUUAAAAAAAUACGUUGUUUCUUCAAAUGAUAAAAUUUUCCACAACAAA